GCAUACACAAUGGCUGCUCGAAAGAGGGGAAAGCAAAACAUUUUCAGGCCCGCCGCGUCUAGCAAAAAAUAUGAGAAAAAAAUUAUUAAAAAAUCGGAAAAUAGUUGAAAGUGAAGAAAAACUCAACAGAAAGGAUGCUAAAGCGUCCGUGGUAAGUUUGAUGUAAAUUAAGUUCCUGGUUACUCAGUUCUUGAAUUAAAAUAUCGGGGUUAUUUAAAUUAUGAGAGAGGGGUGAGCAGGGGAAAAAGUUUGUGUUAAUCAGUACCCUGUUUGGUACCACAGAUAAAACCAAGGGAAGGCAUAAGUAUUUAAAAAUAAUAAUUUAUGUCACUGCUUAUAUUAGUCUCACACUGCGUGCCAACAAAUAUCAAAGACUACAGGAACCAGCAGAAAGAGCGAAAGUUGAGUGGAGUUAACAUAGCCUCCUCACUAAGUUUAUUCUUUUAUAUAUAAUAACAACGACAGUGCGUUGAGGACCGCCAAGGACAGGCGCACUACGAUUCAGCAUUAAUGUCAUUUUUUCCCUUCAAUCUGCGAAUACAUUCAUUUUCACGUCAUGUAGCCCGUACACUUAAUCAUAAGCAGUGUCAACAACAUAUCCUUAUCGAUUUGAGCAUCUCGUUUCUAGAAAAUCUAUCGCCAAAUGGAACCAUUUAGUGACCAAGGGGGGGACGUUUGAUCAGUCUAUUUCACUUUUGGUUGUACUCUGUAUCGCAUUUUUUUACCCACUACAGGUAUCGAUCACGUUGUCAUGCGGAUGACAGUUCGGCUAUGACCCGCUGUCAGGCAAGAAACGACAAGAAAUGUAUUUGUCAAUAAAGUAGCAAAAUGGAGGUAGAACUUAAGGCAAACUAAUCAGGUAAUACUUGAGAUUUGCUUCUACAGCCUGCGUCCCCAACUUGUCGCAAACAACUUGUUGAGAGCAAAUAGUCAACUUGUGUCCAGUUUGAUUGGUGUGGCAGGUUGCACAGUGCAUAGGCUAUUAGUUAAUCGUGUUUAUAAGAUCGGGUCUUAUAGCUGCGGUGGAUGUGAGGCAGCAGCCUAUAACAUGAGGUUACAAGGAUCUAUCAUGUCAAUGUGUUGAGCGUUUAACGUGAAGUGGUGGAAGAGCUGAAGGGGUUUGAGGAUCCGAGUCUUCUCCAUCAAAAAUGUGUCUUUGGGGUUGAGGCUAGGUUCUGCUGUUGGUGGAUGGAAAGCUGAUAUAGGUUAUUAAACGGUUCCUGGAGUUGAAGUGAGUUGUGCACAACAGAGAUCUGAUUUACAGCUGUUAUGUUACUGCCAGAGUCUUUUACUGAGUCUGUCAGUCUGAGGCUGAUUGUAUAUGUUUGUGAAAAAGAAGUGAAUAUCCUGCAUGAAAACUAACUUUUUAUUAGUUCAAUAGAAAGAGAAAUCUGGUCUAGAAUAUCUUGUUUCUUUUUAGUUUCUUCCAACAUGAUAAUCAAAAAAUUUAUCAGGAGAAGUGGCUUUCUUUUCUACAGAUUUACCUGUUUUAAUACAUCAUACAAAUCAUGUCCUUUAGGCCUCGUAGCCUUAGUUAUUACAGGUUUUUAUAGCAGAGAUGAGUUUUAUUUGUCUAAAUGUGCUGCAGAUUUUAUGUGGCUCACCUUUGAGGCGGUUGUCAGCGUUGUCAAAAAUCAUCUAUGUUGAAUUUUUGACUUAGUUUUUCAGCGUAAUGACAGUAAUUUUUCAAACAGAAAUCCAACAGAGAAUUUUGACAGUAUUAAAUAUUUGAUAUUCAGCCUGUUAUCUUUAAACAAAUUAUUGUAGGCCCAUAGAUCGAUGUUUAAAAGCACAACAUUAAGAGAUUUAAUGUAUUAGUGUGUUGUAGAUGUCAUUUAUGUGAUUUGAAAUGAUUAAUGAAAUGAUUUAAGAAUUUAGGGGCACUUACGAAGUUCAUGUCUGAGCUCUUUUUGAAGAUGUAAAUGUUAAGUUCAUUCAACCUUUAGAUAACUCAAAUAUAUAAUUUGAUUAUAUUUAUCAAAUAAUGGGAAUACAGCUUGCUAUCAUUGCAUAUUUGCAGUAUUUUUUCUCGGACAAACAUGAUAAACUACUUUUUCAAGUGGCUGCAUGUAUUGUUCCAAAGAUCUAAAGUUAUUGACUACCUUAAAUUAAAAUACUUUAAUACAAAUAAAUGGAAAUAUCAAACGGAUCCACAGUUGAAAGCUGUAGGCUACUCUUUUUGUACUCAACAGUUAUUUCAUUUUUGUUCAAACGUUUUCAGACUUAUUUGGGGUGAAUUCUAGAUAGAUAAUUCUUAUCAACAGGGUUAUACAUGACAGGCUGAAGUAUUUUUGAAUUUAAGGAACUGCAGGUCUCUGUUAGCAGGUGCUUCUGGACUAAAACUAAAACAAAGUUUAUUGAGACAGAUUCUUCAGUGAAAGUUUGCUUACCGUAGAGUUGUGGAUUUUAAAAUAAAGCUACAUUAUAAGGGAGUUUUUAAAAUGUUUUUUAGGACGCAUGAAAUAGGAAAUAUAUGUGAGUAUAAUAGCUAAAAGCAACAUGCUGUUUUUUAAUGAAAACAGGCUUUUCCACAUGUCUUAAGAUGUGGUCAAAGCUCCAUUUAGUCCAAAAUUUUAUCGAUUUCUUUUUGAGGAUGAGAUGAAUGUUAGUAUAGCUGUGCCAAAUAAGAUUACUAUUAAUGAUUUUCCCGGGUUUACUCGGGUUUUACACGUCCAUGUCUAUGUGAUGAUAUCAUGAUCCUUAACUCCCCCUUCUUUGACUCAGAGAGUUCUUGGACAAGAGCUGAUCCCCAGACUGUUUUAAGUGCUAAGGCUUUCCCCCUGCCUGGUUUCUUCACUAGUGUGUGAAUGUGCAGUAAAAAUAGGUGAUAAGUUUAAAAUUGGGGGUUGGGGAUAUACUGUAAAUACAUCUAAUUACCUCUCAGACUAUAAGUUUGCAGUCAUCUGAAGGGAGAUAAAUAUCAUUCUUGAUUAAACCAUGCCGACCCUGUCUCCUGGAAAAGUCAUCCUGCUAUCGAUUUUCACAGCUGACUUUUUUAUUUUUAUUCAAUAAUAAUGAAAAAAAGAGGUUAGUAAAUAUUCAGAAACAUUAUCACAGUCACAAAAUAAUGUUGUGCAGUUGAUUUUUCCUUUCAGACCAGCUCAUUAUCAAAAUAACAGAAACACCUGCUUGUAUUAAAGAGACACAGACAACUCAAGCUCCAACCUCAGUUUAUCAUUAUGUUUUAUUGUACUUUGAUCUGUUUUAAAUUUCUGUUUUUCCUACUUUCCGUGACUUUCACCAUAGUAGUUUAGAUUCGUACAAAUUUUUUGUUUGAAAUUCUCAAUGGCAAUUACCAAAUUGUGAGUGAUACAAUACACUGUUAAGUAUACAGAGUCAUAGAAAAGAGGGAGAAGGAACAAAAUAUUCACAACAUACCUAAAGAGUAGCUGUGGCAGAGGGGUAGAGUGAGAUGCAGACACAAACAAGCUUUGGCAAUCUUUCUGAAGGUUUGACUUUUGCUAGCUGUGAGAGUGUGCAUGAGUCAGCACCUGGCAAGGCAGAUCCUGUCACUGAUGUAUGAUUUUGUUUUAAAUUUGAUUGUUUACGUACGUGCAUCAUAAAUAAGGUGUUGGGACUAGAACAGUGCUUUAAUCUUUUACCGUUCACACACAUUCUACCUGGCCUGGAUCAACACAAAAACACAUACUUUUUUAGUGUAUUUAACUUGUGUAUGUCCAGGUCACUGCUGUUGAAUACAAGGUUUUUACGUGUCCAAUUUUGAUAGAAAGAUGGCACCUCUCUGUGGUUGUCCUGCAAAUCUUUUUUUUAAAUUUGGACACCUAAAAGAGUGACUUUGACUGUCAGCUUGAAGUUAGGGUCAAAAACUACAGGGGCCCUGUGCAAGACUUGUUAGUUAUCCAGCUUUGAUUGAACAUAAUUACCUUAUCCACAUUACUCUGCCUUACCCUUGGCUGGUCAUCCAGGGAACAUCACAGCUGAUGGUGGACUGAUCAAAACCUGCCAAGAGUUUUACUAUAUUCUAUAUUGUUAUUUCGUUGUCAUCAUACCUGUAGGAUCCUAACACUAACAUACUUGAUUGAGAAAAAAAUACAUUUUAUCUGGAUGUUUCUGACUACUAAUGAUAAUGUAUAUUUCCACUCUAAAACCUUCCUUUUAUGAAAUUUACUUGAAUUUUUUCCCCAAGUAAAAGAUUUUAAAUUUUCUGCACUCCUAUGUCCCGACAAGAAAGGAAAGAGCUUCACCCAAAACUGUUCAAACACUGUGCCAUCAGUGUGCAGAUGUGGUGUGAAUGGAUGAAAGUGGAAUAUCGUGAAGCUGCCUUUAAGUGGCCAGAAGCCUAGAGAAAGAGCUACAUAAAUUGCUGUCUAUUUACUUUCUUACUUUGUGCAUCCUGUGAAACGACAUACUGAGUCAGCCAUGGAAUGCCAGCUUUAACUGCAGGCUUCUAUGUAUCAGUACAAAGGUGUCAGGAUGACUGAUGGAACCUUGUUACCAUGCUGUUGUAGAGCUACAGAAUUAAGACUCAAGGACAUGUCCUCAUUUGAUCUCCUGCAAUCUAAGAACUCCAUUGAUGGUUUUAGUUAUGGUUAUUUUAAUCACAGUCUCAUUGUUUGAAACUUAGGUUACCCAAGCCAGUUAAUAACCAACUUGUUACAUUCACUGAGGUUUGAGUAUCCAGAGAGAUCUAGAUUCAGUUUAACUUGGAUUUUGAUUCAUGCCUUAGAUUUAUUUCCUGUAGCGUCUUUUUGGUUAAGGUGUUGAUUUUCAUCUUUUCUUCUUUUUCCAGCAACAUGAACCCGAACCUUUUAAAUCAUUUCUCUUUCCUGUCUCUCUCCCCCCAGGCCCCUGUGUCCGGCCAGUGUUGAGCACUUAAAACUGGAUAGAAUAAAUGCAACAGUACUAGUUGGGCAUUGUGCCUCUGUCCAUGUAGCUGGUCUGCCUUAGAGUGCCAUGGCCACAGGAACCCAGGACCAUCGUGACCAAGUCCUGGAGAAAGUCAAGCUUGUGCCUCCCAUGGGGAGGCGCAGGAGAGCAGAGGGCAAGCCGAAGAAGAAUUUCUCCUGCCAGGAGUGUCAAAAAGCUUUCAACAGUCUGGAAAAGUUGAAGGUGCACUCGUACUCUCACACAGGAGAAAGACCCUACCGCUGCUCCCACCCCGACUGCACCAAGGCUUUUGUCUCCAAAUACAAGCUGCUACGGUACAGACAAGCAGCAGUACAUAUUAGACUGCAGCAUGUUGCUUUUCUCCUUACUCCUUUGGUAACAUAGUUUUAGUUCUAGUUAAAGUGAUUUGUUGAUGAAUACUUGUUUGCAGGACUUGUGUUUGUGUCUUAUGUAAAGCAUGCCUACUUAAAAUUUGAUUGCAACCAUUUUAAGUGCUCAUAGAAUGUGUCUGUGUUCAAAGGCAUAUGGCAACUCACUCGCCAGAAAAAAACCACAAGUGUUCAUACUGUGAGAAAAUGUUCCACCGCAAGGAUCACUUAAAGAAUCACCUACACACUCAUGAUCCAUACAAGGAGGCAUUUACCUGCCAGGAGUGCGGCAAGAGCUACAACACCAAGCUGGGCUUCAAACGCCACCUUGCCCUCCAUGCUGCCAACAGUGGUGACCUUACCUGCCAAGUGUGUCUGCAAGAGUUCCCCAGCACUGGGGUUCUACUGGAACACCUCAAAACACAUGCUGGCAAGUCCUCUGGCGGGACCAAAGAGAAAAAGCAUCGCUGUGAGCAUUGUGAGCGGCGAUUUUAUACCCGCAAAGACGUGCGGCGCCACAUGGUGGUGCACACGGGACGCAAAGACUUCCUUUGCCAGUAUUGUGCCCAGCGCUUUGGAAGGAAGGACCACCUGACACGUCACGUCAAAAAGAGCCACGCACGGGAGCUGCUGAGGGUAAAAACUGAGCCGGCUGAUUCGCUGGAGCCUGUGGUCUAUGACUUGGCAUCUGAAAGCAUCAAGGAUGAGCUCCCGGGGAUGGUGACACCAAGGCCACAUCAACUCAACAUGUACACAGGCCCCGUCCUGGACACAGAGUCCUUUCCCACCCCGACACACCCCUUUUCUUUAAAGUACUCUUUGGGCUCCAACUUUACCUCAUACACCUUCUCCUCACAGGAGCGGGAGCAGAACCUAAAGGGAGAACUGGAGACCUACCUGAUGGAGCUGCAGAGCAGCAUGCCCUCCUCAUCCUCUGCAGCACAAGAAUCCCAACUCUCCUCCAAACUUGAGUUAGAGACUCAAGCAGGAGUUCUAGAGGAAGCGAGCCAGGAAGUAUCCCUGUCCAAAAUAUCCACUCCAGUGGCAGCAGCCACUGCAGGGGACUCGCUGACUUCAUCCUCGUCUCUGAUGGACUUCUCACAGCUUUUUAACUUCUUGCCCCUCAAUGGGCCCCCAUACAGCCAAGCAGCAGGGCAAGGGGUUGCCUAUCCACCCACUGAUGAAUCGGCGCCCCUGGUUCAGUUACCACCCCAGCCCCUUGAAGGCCCUGAAACUGCAGAGGGUUCACUUCAAGGACUCCCAUCCUCGUUCAUAUCAAAUCUGAACACACCUACCACACUGCCCCGCUUCCAUCAAGCUUUUCAGUGAUUCAGUAUGUACUGCACAUGGCACACAAACACUCAUGCAUACACAGAGACAACAUACAACAAAAAUAUGCUGAGCUUCACAAACACACCAGCAAACACUGAAACAGGAUGCCAGUGACGACACAAGUUUUAACAUUGAAGCAUUUUUGUUCAUUUAUGGCAACAUAAGCAGACACACAUACAGCAGAUGGUUAGCACUGACAGUAAAACACACACACAGGGCACACAGUGACAACAUUUUCCUGUCAGGAUAAUUGUUAGUUUUUUUUACACCCGUCAAGCUUUGGACUGAUGCGCAAAUCUCCUCCACCGCUAUGUCCUCAAAACAUGUUCAUAAAACAGGAUAACAUCUAUUUGUGAUCCUUGCAGUUUGCAUGGGAAGUACAUUGUAAUCUCUUCUGAUCAUCAGUGAAAGAUUUUUCAAAGACUUUCUUUUAAUCUUAGCACAAGCAGAAAAAUUCAGCUAAUGCAUGGAUUCGCAAAGGUCAGCAAAGCUCGCCUUGAUCAUUUCUGUGCAGUAGAAAUGUAAAAAUAUGACGUAAACACAGUAAUGGGGUAAAAACCCCAACAGUAUUGCUGCAUUCCAGCUACCUCAGAAGUCGGAUGUCGGAACUGGGAAUGAAGUUACACCCGAGUUGACAGCAUUCCAGUUAACAAGUCGGAAAACCAAAAUGGACGCCUACAGUUACCUGUUAUUAGCUGUUUUUUUUUUACAAUUGUCAGCUGUCCUUAGCUGUUGUCAGAGGUUAUUAGUUGUCGUUGUUAGCGAUACCAGUUGUAAACAACGCAUAACACAGUAUUUAACUCACUGCAUUCACAGUUAGACGUUGGGCAGCACAACAUAUACCACUGAUUGAAUUUCACAAAAACAAAACAGAAGUGCUAAGAAAUAAUACAUGCUGCCAUCUUGGAUUAUGACGUUGUCAUCAAGUCGGGGUUGGUGAGGAUCGUUCGACUUUCCAAGUUGGAUAUCCGACUUCAGGGGGGCGUUACAGAUGAAUUUCCGACUUCUGAGUACAACUGGAAUGCAGCAUAUGAAAACAGCCUCACUCAUUAUAUUAAUAAGUAUGACCUCAGUUUGAACAUUAGUCUUUGCAUUAGAGCUUUGAAAUGAUGCCCUCAUAUUUGUUGUAGGGACCAAUCAUAGUUCUGGAUGUUUCUGCCCAUUAAUAUCAAAUCCCCCAAGUACUCCACUCAACUGCUCUAUGCGACAAAUUACUUUUCUAUACUACAGAUAGUCGGAGACUGUUACCUAAACUUGACAGAUGAUCAGCUAGUACAUUUUUUUCAGGCAGCUAAUUAAUUUAAUCAAUUUCUUUGCAGUGGGCAAUACAGCAAGACUUUUUUUUUAGCUUCAGAAAACCUCAAACAUCACAUAGAGGAAUUUACACAAAGCUAAAUUAAUAGAAGCACACAAAUUCAUUAAUGUGGUCCUAUUCAUGAAUCAAAUUAAAGCAGGAGUGCAUUCACAUUGUCGGAGGCAAGGCAGUAAGAAGGAACCGCUGAGCAAUAUUUGUACAGUUUUAGAUUUUAUUUUUGUAGCAGGAGGAUUUCCUGGUCCAGUUUAAUACAAAUUCUCCAACAGUGGUGACAUAAUCAUACAAGCUAAAAUAAGUCUUCUUUUAGAGUUUCGCAGUAAUCCUUCAUAACCCUGAACCAAGGACACACUCACACACACACUCACUAACACACAUACACUCACAAACACAGAUGUUAUUUUAAGAGUUAGGACCUGGAUAAACAGACCCUCACUGAAAGGAUCCUAGAAAGAUAAGUCAGUGGAGUUAUUUCAAUGUAAGAGUGAGAACUUAUUAGUUUCUUGGCUGCUUUACAUCCCUCUAAUUGAAAUCAUCAUGUGCCUUAUUUUGAAACUUUUGAGGACCUUAUAAAUACGUAAGCACUUGCUCUAGAUCUAGAAUGAAGGAAGUUUGACCUGGAAAAUGCACACUCAUUCACAUUGUGUUACAAGUGCCACCAUUUCUUUCCUGUAUGCGUAUUAGCACAUUUUUUUAGCAGCAGGACUUAAAUGUUUUAUGAUUGUGACUAAAUUUUACUAUUAGAAACAAACCCCACUCCGCUCUCUUGCUAAACUAUUGAGAUAUCUUCAAUAGUCAUACUACUUUUAAGCCCCUAAAGGAUAAAUUUCUUCAAGUGGAUAAACUUUUUAGUUUUUCCUCUGUUGCAUCAUUUAAUUGACUGAAAAAUUGCGCUCCCCUCGAUAAAACAAAAAUGGUACAACCCGUAAAAAUGAUAAUCACAAGUUAAAGCCUCUUUAUGAAUACAAUCAUUUAAAGCAUCUAAUACUGAAAGCUAUUCAGUGCCUUGAGAACCACAGAUAUGAAAUUGAAAUAUGACAGUGUCCUGAAAGUCAAUGACGCAAAAAAAAAAAAA